AUGGAAGGCACAUUGAAGAGUGACAAUGAGACAGCAUCAUAUUCAUGGGCAAAGGUUGGUCAUGUUGAUUCCCUCAAUUUGGAGGCUGCAAGGAUUCCCUCGUCCAAAACCCAUUCUCUUAAGCCAAAUUGGAUUACGACACUGAGCUUAGCGUUUCAAAGCAUCGGGAUCAUAUAUGGAGACUUAGGAAUUUCUCUUUUGUACGUCUAUGACAGCACCUUCAGUAAUGGUAUUCAAGAUACUAAUGACCUUCUUGGAUGCUUGUCUCUCAUCAUCUACACCAUUGCACUCAUUCCAUUCGUUAAGUAUAUCCUAAUUGUUUUGUGGGCUAACGACAAUGGCGAUGGUGGAACAUUUGCACUAUAUUCUUUGUUUUGCCGGUAUGCCAAGGUCAGCUUAAUUCCAAAUCACCAACCAGAAGACAGACAACUUACCCAUUACAAACUACACAUACCAUCCAACCAAAUAAAGAGGGCACAAAUGAUUAAGCACAAGCUAGAAAAUAGUAAAUUUGCUCAACUUCUGCUUUUUCUUGUCACUAUCAUGUCAACCUCUAUGGUUAUUGGAGAUGGAAUUCUUACACCUUCCAUUUCAGUACUGUCAGCAGUGAGUGGCAUAAAAAAAAAGAGCCCAUCACUUGACCAAGGUGCUGUUGUCGGGAUCUCAAUAGCAAUCCUGAUCGUUCUCUUCGCUGUCCAGCGAUUUGGCACAGAUAAAGUGGGAUUCACCUUUGCCCCUAUGGUGGUCGUGUGGUUUUUAUUCAUCGGAGGCAUUGGUCUUUACAACUUGUUCAAAUAUGACAUUGGGGUAUUGCGAGCUUUCAAUCCUAAGUAUAUUGUUGAUUACAUGAAAAGAAACGGUAAAAAUGGAUGGAUUUCUCUAGGUGGAAUUUUUCAUUGCAUUACUGGGAGUGAGGCCAUGUUUGCAGACUUGGGUCACUUCAACGUGCGAGCAGUUCAAAUUAGUUUCUCUUUUGUUACGUUUCCUGCACUAGUAUGUGCAUACAGUGGACAAGCAGCAUAUCUUAGAAAGUUCCCGGAACAGAUAGGGAAUACUUUUUAUAACUCAAUACCCCAUCCAAUAUUUUGGCCAACAUUUGUUGCGGCGGUUGCUGCUUCUAUCAUUGCAAGUCAGGCUAUGAUUUCAGGGGCAUUUUCCAUUAUCCAACAGUCUCAAAGUUUGGGAUGCUUCCCUAGUGUUAGGGUCAUACAUACCUCUGCAAAGUAUGAAGGUCAAGUGUACAUACCUGAGAUCAAUUACUUUCUUAUGAUUGCUUGUGUCAUAGUCUGUGCCGCUUUCAGAACCACAGAUAAUACUAUUCAUGCUUACGGAAUUUCUGUGUGCAUGGUAAUGCUGGUCACAACAUCCAUGGUCACUCUUAUAAUGCUUGUUAUAUGGAAGACAAGCAUCUUGUGGAUUGCUCUUUUCUUUGUUGUAUUCAGUGCAAUAGAGAUUGUGUACUUAUCAUCCUUGCUAACUAAAUUCGUUCAAGGAGGCUUUCUUCCAUUGGCACUUUCUUUGUGCUUGAUGUCCAUAAUGGGCAUUUGGCGUUACACACACGUAAAAAGGUACUUGUUUGAGCUAAACAACAAGGUCUCUGGUGAAUAUCUAAGAGAACUAGUAAGCAAAAAGGUUAUAUCUCGAAUUCCUGGAGUAGCACUUGUGUUCUCAGAGCUAGUAGAAGGAGUUCCACCACUAUUUGCUCAUGUUGUUUCCAACAUACCCUACAUCCACUCUAUUGUUGUGUUUGUUUCCUUGAAGUCCAUCCCUAUUGGCAAAGUUGAAUUGCAUGAGAGAUUCCUUUUCAGACAAGUUCAACCAAAAGAAUAUAGAAUCUUUCGCUGUGUUGUGAGGUGUGGCUAUAAUGAUGUCAUUGGAGAACCAAAGGAGUUUGAGGAACACUUAAUAGAACAUCUAAAAGAAUUUAUACGCCAUCAAAAUUUUACUCAUGUGGUAGUAGUAGAAGGGGUUGAUAUUGAACAGACAGACUAUCACUCUUUUAAGGAUGGAAGAGGUUCUUUCAAGCAAAUAACCCCAUUACCUUCUUCACAUCAAGAAUCUAACACUGCUGUGAAUGUGUCACGUGCUUCAUCAGAUUCUAUUCAGUCUUUCGGAGUACUAAGUAGAAUCUCUAACCCGCAUGUGCAGGAUGUAGAAGAGGAGAUAGCUUUUGUGCAGAGAGCAAUGGAGAGAAGUGUGGUGUAUAUGCUGGGAGAAGCCGAAGUGGUGGCGGAGCCCAACUCAUCUGUGCUUAAGAAGAUUGCUGUUAAUCAUAUUUACAAUUUUUUGAGGAGAAAUUUCAGGCAAGGAGAAAAUUUAAUGGCAAUCCCACGUUCAAAGCUUCUCAGGGUUGGAAUGACAUAUGAGAUAUGA